GCAGCCGCCGCCACCGCCGCCGCCAUAGAGACUGUAGCCGUGGAGACUGUUACUUACCAACGGGGACCAACACGCAGCAGCCGCCACCGCCGCCGCGGGAGCCGUUGCCCGAACUCCCGGCCGGAACUCCAGAACUGAGCAUGCAGAAUUCAGAGGGUGGAUCGGAUUCGCCGGCUUCCGUGGCUCUGUGUCCCUCGUCAGCAGCCCAGGCGCCUGUGGCCCAGCCUGUGCCAGCCUCGCCACAGAGGGUGUUGGCCCAGGCAGCAGGCUCGGCUCCCAAGGGGGCUCAGAUGCAGCCCAUCUCCCUCCCCAGAGUGCAGCAGGUGCCGCAGCAGGUCCAGCCCGUGCAGCACGUGUAUCCCCCCCAGGUGCAGUACGUGGAAGGGGGGGAAGCCGUCUACACCAACGGAGCCUUGCGGACGGCGUAUGCCUACAACCCCGAACCCCAGAUGUACGCCCCCAGCAGCUCCGCGUCGUACUUCGAGGCCCCGGGCGGUGCCCAGGUGACCGUGGCAGGCUCCUCCCCGACGGCAGUCCCCGCCCACAGCAUGGUGGGCAUCACCAUGGAUGUCGGGGGCAGCCCCAUCGUCUCCGGCACGGGAGCCUACCUCAUCCACGGGGGCAUGGACGGCACCCGGCACUCCCUGGCGCACACAUCCCGCUCAUCACCCGCUACGCUUGAAAUGGCGAUUGAAAACCUCCAAAAAAGCGAAGGGAUCACAUCACACAAAAGCGGUUUACUCAACAGUCAUCUCCAGUGGCUCUUGGAUAAUUACGAAACCGCAGAAGGCGUGAGUCUCCCCAGAAGUUCGCUCUACAACCACUACCUUCGCCACUGCCAGGAACACAAGCUGGACCCCGUGAACGCGGCCUCCUUUGGGAAGCUGAUCCGCUCCGUGUUCAUGGGCUUGAGGACGCGGCGGCUGGGUACCAGGGGCAACUCCAAGUAUCAUUACUACGGGAUCCGUCUGAAGCCAGACUCGCCCCUGAACCGGCUGCAGGAGGACACGCAGUACAUGGCCAUGCGGCAGCAGCCUGUGCAUCAGAAGCCCAGGUACCGGCCAGCCCAGAAGACGGACAGCCUUGGGGAGAGCGGCUCGCACGGCAGCCUGCACAGCACACCUGAGCAGGCCAUGGCUGCCCAAAGCCAGCACCACCAGCAGUACAUCGAUGUGUCCCACGUCUUUCCGGAGUUCCCGGCGCCCGACCUGGGCAGUGUCCUGCUGCAGGAGAAUAUCACGCUGCACGACAUCAAGGCCCUUCAGCUGGCCUACCGGCGGCACUGCGAGGCCACGUUAGAUGUCGUGAUGAACCUCCAGUUCCACUACGUUGAGAAGCUGUGGCUUUCCUUCUGGAAUUCUAAAGCCUCCUCCAGCGACGGCCCUGCCUCUCUACCUACCAGCGACGAGGAGCCGGAGGGCGCCGUCCUCCCCAAGGACAAGCUGGUAUCUUUGUGCAAGUGCGACCCCGUGCUCAGGUGGAUGAGGACCUGCGACCACAUCCUGUACCAGGCGCUGGUGGAGAUCCUCAUCCCAGACGUGCUGCGGCCCGUGCCCAGUACCCUGACACAGGCCAUCCGCAAUUUUGCCAAGAGCUUGGAAGGCUGGUUGACGAACGCCAUGAGCGACUUCCCACAGCAGGUCAUCCAGACCAAGGUCGGCGUGGUCGGCGCCUUCGCACAGACCCUGCGGCGCUACACGUCGCUCAACCACCUGGCGCAGGCGGCCCGGGCAGUGCUGCAGAACACGGCGCAGAUCAGCCAGAUGCUGAGCGACCUCAACCGCGUGGACUUCGCCAACGUGCAGGAGCAGGCCUCGUGGGUGUGCCAGUGCGAGGAGGGCGUGGUGCAGCGUCUGGAGCAGGACUUCAAGCUGACCCUGCAGCAGCAGAGCUCCCUGGACCAGUGGGCCAGCUGGCUGGACAACGUAGUCACCCAGGUCCUGAAGCAGCACGCGGGCAGCCCCCGCUUCCCGAAGGCUGCGCGGCAGUUCCUGCUGAAAUGGUCCUUCUACAGGCGCCUAAAACUGCUGGCUAAGGAUGGGAAGGAUGGGAAAGGCCGCGGGGUGGUCUGGGAGGCUGGCAGGCCCCUCGCAGGCCAGCUCGGGGCUGGAGGGGAGCCUGGCGUCCCGGAGGUGCCAGCCCGUGUCUGCCGCCUCAGCUCCAUGGUGAUCCGCGACCUCACGCUGCGCAGCGCCGCCAGCUUUGGCUCCUUCCACCUCAUCCGGCUGCUCUACGACGAGUACAUGUUCUACCUGGUGGAGCACCGCGUCGCCGAGGCCACUGGGGAGACGCCCAUUGCCGUGAUGGGAGAGUUCAACGAUCUUGCCUCCCUGUCGCUGACACUGCUCGACAAAGAUGACCUCAGCGAGGACCGUGGAGGCAGUGAGGCCCGCUCGGAGGCCCGAGGCCGGGGCGAGCCCCUGGUGAAGCGGGAGCGCAGCGACCCCAACCACGCGCUGCAGGGCGUCUAGCUGGGCCGCGCUGCCCCGGCUCCAGGUCCCAGAGCUCCGCCGCGGUAGUGCCUCCUUUACUCUGAGUGCCGGGGCCCCUGGGCCAGGGCGCCCUUAAAGGACACGCUCUCCCUCAAGAGGAAAACCGUUGUGACCGCGACCGAAGCUCAGAUGGGGCGCCCAGACCCCUUUUCCUUCUUCUGAAUGUUCCUUCCCCCACUGCAAACAUCCCCCUCCAGAGCUGGAAGGGGCCGUGCUGAGCGAGUCGCUACCUCCACUUUGGGCAUCUCCCCCUGCCAGCUCGUUCGGAUUUGCACCCUGAUUUGAAAAAACUCCAGCGGGUCCUGGGGAGGAAGGGAUGUCCCGCAACCGUCGGGCAGCGCCAAGCGGGCCGUGUCCCCGCAGCCCCCCUCAGGCCCUGUGGUGGGAGAGGCCAUCUCGGUCCUUGCCCCGUGGCCUCCUGCCCUGCCGGCCGCCAGGCACCCCGUCUCUAGACCCCGAAGGGAUCAGAAGCAGCCGCCAGUUGCGUCCCCGGAUGGCGCGCAUCCCACGGCCCCACGUGGCUCAAAGAACACGUCACGGAAGCGGGCCCGCUCGUGGUGGGGGCGGGGCCUUUCCAAAUCAAAGCCAGAAGCUUGAUGAGCAACCAGAAGGACUGUGAAUCUGUCCAGGUUCACAGCCAACGUCAAGUUCAACUGUGAGGUCUGGAAUGAGUUUGUUCCAAGGGGGCCGGGAGGUCAGGGUCUCCGCCGCGCCGUCAGAGGGCAGCCAUCCUGCCAAGUCUGUGCACGAGCAGCCAUGCCUGAGCCCCACUCCACAGAACCUUCCAGAACGUCUGCCUUAGAAGUAGCGAUCCCAGAGCACUGGGACCCCGGCAGGUCCCAUCUUGAACUGCCCAGGGUCCAAACUCUCCUCUGGGGACAAACGAAUCCCAAGGGCUGUCCCAGCCCUGACCUCGAAACUCUCCAGCUCUGUGUCCCUCGUAACGUGUUGCACCAGUAAGCCCUGCGCCAGAGUUCCGCUCCCGAAGCAGCUGCAAAGAAGAAAGACAAACCUCUGGUCUAAGAAGCAUCGACUUCUCAAAUGCAAUAAUUUCUCCUUUUGGAAAUAUGUUCAUACAAAUAGUUUUGUGCUCUAAUUGUUAUUAGAACAUUCCUUAUGAAUGUGUAUAUCGCAGUAUAUUCACUCCCCCAUGUUGUUUUCUCAUUCAUGCAGAAGGUACUAAUGUAAACUCACGAGGCCUUUAAAAACCCUACUUCUCGACAAGCAGGAGCGCUGUGCAUCCCUGGCGCCCGCAGGUGCCCGGGGAGAGCAGCAGGGAAGGACGAGAAAUCUCAUUUUAAGAAACCAAAAGCCCGUCAUGAUCACAACCUGCGUGUGGUCUUAAAGUUGCAGACUCAGAUGAACUCAGACAGAAGGAAUGUCUUUAAAGCUGCAUCUCCUUUCCUGGGAGACGUUCAAGCUCACGGCUCCCGGAUUGUGACGCCUGCCUUUUCUUCCACGUUUCUGCCUUACGCUCUGUCUAGUCCUUUGCCGGAUUCCGUGAGGAGGAAUAUGAAUGACGGUAAAGACACCAGCCUUCCGAGCCCGUUCUCGUUUCCCAUUGCAAUAAACACACUGAACGUGCCCGUUGUGGGUCGCAAUCCACGCUCCAGCCUUUGCCCCGCCGCCCACUCCAGUGGCCUUGGAGGACGAAGCCCUCCCUCCCACACUCCCCUGGCCCUGGCACAGCCAGCCUGGCCAGACCUGGGCCACACGAGCCCAGGAAGGGAGGGCAGCAGUGCUUUCCUCCGGCUCUCUGGGGAAUGUUCCAGAAGGAGCAUUUAGCAAGGCCAGAGAGGGCAAGAAAACAACUCUCAGCCCAGGAUGGGCGAGACUGUAAACAGACUAAACUGGUUCAGAGACGCAGAAUAAAUCCACGCUCCGGCCGCUGACACGGCCCA